AUGGUUUCUUGGCGCAUUCGUGGUGAAAUGGCUGAAAUCGACGUUGAUCAAAGUUAUGCUGGACAUCCGACAAUGUUUUCAAUAAGAAUGCACCAUGGAGGUGAGUUUACAAGCUUUCCUGGAAGGAAGUAUAUUCGUGGGAAGCAAACAUUUGUUGAUUUACUGGACAUUGAUACCUUUUCCGUUCAUGACAUUGAUGAGAUGAUGGAAGACCUAGGGUAUGCUUCAAUAGGUAAACCACUUUACUAUCACUUUCAAAGGCCUUUAGGCGAUUUAGAUUUUGGGUUAUUCGCUUUAGCUAGUGAUGAAGAUGUUCGUUAUUUGGGGAGUUUUGUGGCUAAGCAUAAGUUAAUUGAGGUAUAUAUAGAGCAUGACAAAACUACUCUGCACACCUAUUUAAUGUCCCCAACCCACAGUAAAGUUCGUAUAACGGAGAUUACUGAACCUCCAUCUUGUUCAAAGAGACUGUUCCUGGAGUGGCAUAGCACACCUGCUGUUGACUUGGAGGAUGACAUGGAUCACAUGGAGAAAGAAUCGGGUAAUGAUCCUACACCCACUGGUCAUCUGGAGAAGGAUUUGGGUAAUGAUGCUACUCUCACUGAUCAUAUGGAGAAUGAUUUGGGUAAUGAUGCUACUCUCACUGAUCAUAUGGAGAAUGACUUGGUUAAUGAUGCUAAUGACUUUGAUUUUGAAAUGAAUAUCGACAAAGAUGUGGAAUGGGUUGGAGGGUCGUCUAACACUGUGGUUGAUGAAGGCACACAGGAUGAAGCUUUAGAGGUGAUUAACACUGACUUUUUUGCAUCUGAUUCAUCAUCAGAUGAGGGGAUUAAUGGUCAAAGAAAGAAAUCAAUAAGAGCAAUUCAAAGGGAACAUGAGAAUGAUGAAGCACUUGUUAGUGAACCCUUCUAUAUUUUUCAAAAAUUUGGUUCAGCAAAGGAGUUUAAGGAUAAGGUUGAAAGUAACCCUACUAUUCCAAUUAGGGCUUUGCAAGAACAGCUACAACGGAGGAAAUCCACACAUGAAACGAGGACAUUCAGACGCAUUUACAUAUGCUUGGGAGCUUUAAAGAAAGGCUUCGCAGCUGGAAAGAGGGAUUUUCUUGGCUUUGAUGGUGCUUUCAUGAAGGGUCCAUUUCCAGGACAAAUUCUUUCAGCCGUGGGACUAGAUGGUAAUAAUGGCACAUAUCCAUUGGCAUAUGCGGUGGUUGAAACAGAGAACAUCAGUUCAUGGACUUGGUUUUUGAGUUGUCUUGGGGAGGAUCUUGGCUUGAAUACUAAUUCUAAUUUCACUUUUAUAACAGACAGACAAAAGGGUAUUCUAAAUGCAAUUGCAACCUUGUUUCCUUGUGCUGAAAAUCGUUACUGUGUUCGUCACAUUCGGGAUAACAUGAGGAAGCAAUGGAGGGGUAAACCUUUCGAAGACCUCUUAUGGACAUGUGCAACUGCAACACAUGUACAACAGUUUAACAAAGGCAUGGAAGAGCUAAAGAAAUUAAACAAGGAUUGUUAUGAGUGGCUUAAGAAGAUACCACCUCAGCACUGGUCUAGGUCCCAUUUCACUGGGAGAGCACAUUCUGAUGUGAUUCUUAAUAACUUGUGUGAAACAUUCAAUGGAAAACUGAAUGAGGGUCGUGAUAAACCAAUUAUUACUUGCCUAGAGUUCAUUAGGGAAUAUCUAAUGAAGAAGAUUGUGAAUGUAGAAAAGGCCAUUGGGAAAUGUACUGGUCCUUUGACACCUACAGCUAUGCAGACUUUGGAAAAUAUAAAAAAAAAGGCAGAAGAUUAUAGAUCUGUAUUUUGUGGAAAUGGUAAGUAUCAGGUAAGUGGCCCUUGGAUGGACCAAUGCGCGGUGGAUGUGGUUCAACAAACAUGCUCCUGCAGGAAAUGGGAACUCACUGGGAUGCCAUGCAAACAUGCUGUUGCUACUAUAUGGGAGAUGAGGAAGAAUAGUAAGGAUGUUGGAAUACCAGAAACUUGGGUGCAUGAGGUAUAUUGGCUAAAAACUUGGAAACAGAUGUACUCAUUCAAAAUUGAGCUCAUUAAUGGGAGAAGCAUGUGGGAAAAGUCUGUGUGGCCAACAACUUUGGUUCCUCCUAAACAUCGUGUCACAAUAGGUAGACCAAAGAAGAAACGCAGAAAAUCAGCUUAUGAAAUUGAUGACAUGGUGAAGGGUAAUAGUGCAUCAAGAAUCCUUCAGUCGGUUACUUGUUCAAAGUGCAACAACAUUGGUCAUAAUGCAAGGAGUUGUAAGGGACAAAAAGCUAGUGCUCUUAGUGGUUCUGGUGGUUCUGGUAAGGGAAAAGGAAAAGCUGGUUGA